AUGCAGUUGAAGCACCAAGAAUGUCUGAAGAGGCAAAGAGAGGCUGUGAAGCUCCGAAUGAAGAAAAUAAGCGCAAAGCAAACUGAAAUCAUUGUAAGUAAACAGCAUGGGAAUUCAUCUGUGUGAACAAGGUCACAAGCGUCACAAUACCAUGUCAGACAUAUUGAAUGCACACAUGAGUGUUCCAGUCAAAUUGACAUGGUCUGAGGGGCUUUGGUCCUUCUAGUAAUUAUAUUUCUAUGGUCACAUGUCACAUGUAUAUUUCUAUGGCAGCUAUUUGUGGUGAAAAACACGCACAACAUGGUAGCAUAUAAACUAUAAGAUGGGAUAUGUUGCAAUGACUUUGGCAUUGACUGGCUCUGUGUCCCACAACCAGAAAAAGUCCUCAGCGAUGAGGGAGAGUAUAAGGAAGAAGUAUGAGGACAUCCAGAGGGUUCUGAAUGAGGACCUGAGGAUGACUCUGACCCAGCUGGAGAUGGAGGAGAGAGCUGCAGUCACAGCCCUGGAGGACCUGAUGGAAAAGAAUUGUAUCAUCAUCCAGGAGAUAGAGCAGGAUCUGGCUAGGCUCACCGCUGAGCUGGCCCAGAAGGACAUUCUUCUGCCUGAUUCAAUGGUGAUUUGGCUCUUCAGUUCUAUUUAACAUAAACUCAUGUGAUGGAUAUUGUUGAUGGAUGUAACUAUGAUAUGUAGAAAUUGUUUACUGCCUGUUGUAUUCACGAUCACUGUCUUUAUUUCCUCCACAUCGACUCUAGGACACAGAUAUAGAAGGCAGGUAUGUAAUUUGAUCCAAAUACAUUUGUUGUUUCUAAUACGCCAUUUAACUAUCUUGUGUCGAUAAAAACAGCUGGAUGUACUGCUGUUACACCAACAACCAAAACACUUUUCCGCAAAAGCCUACAGUGUCAAAUUAAAAUGUAGUGGUUUAAGUAUUUCCAUUACCCAUUUAGGCAAAUUGCGCAUUAAUAAAUUGGCGACAGGCUGUAUGCCCUCCCACCUAUCUGUUUCAUGUCUCAAGUAGCCUGUGAAAGCCAGCAUGGAUAGAAUGCAAUAAUUGACAAAUAUUUGCCAUAUACUAACAAUUCUCAUGCGCCAACGUAUCGCCAUGGUCCGUGCCAUGGUGAAACUUGAAUUCGUGUAGAUCUUAAGUCAUUGGUGGUGAAACUUGCCAGCCAACCAGAAAAGCAAGGCGAAGCAAUUCCGGAAUUCUUGAAAGUCAGGACAAUCUGUGUCUUGCAAAUAAACAUUUUUGUAUAGUUGAAAAAAAUUGAUUUUGCAAGCAGUAGACAUUUAGUAAAUGUGAAGUGGAGCUUUAUAGUUACGUGAUGACGUCGUCUGCCCCGCAUACCUUCAAAAUUAUUCAUUCGGCAAUCAUCAUGUAUUCGAAAAACACCUUUUCCAUCAUCAUUUGUCGCAAUAAAGUUUGACAAAAGAGAAAUCCACCCCUGUUGAACAGAUAAAAAUGUUAUCGAUCUUUAGAACAUUUAUCCUAUAUCUGCCAUUUCCAUUACACAUGUCGCUAUUUUUUUUGUUGAGACAUAGUUUUUGUCGAAUAAACCUGGGUCAAUGGAGACCUGGCUACUGUUCAUGUGAGGGCACUGAAGUAAAUGUCAACCUAGUCUCAGAGCAUUUCGUAUUAUUCUGUAUGUAUAUCCGGGACACCCCAUUUCGUAAGAUAUGUUACGUUUCGUAUGGUAUGUAUUCAUUUGUGGAUGUCCAUCACCUAUUUCGUAUGACAUGUUACGAAUUACAAUUUGUGUUAUAUGUUACGAAUUUGCAAAGCAUAUGAUUUGUUACGAAUUCUAGCUAGGUGGCUAAAGUUAGCUAGGUUAGGGUUAAGUUUAGGAGUUAGGUUAAGGUUAGGGUAAGGGUUAGCUAAAAGGGUUAAGGUUAGGGGAAAGGUUAGCUAAAAGGGUUAAGGUUAGGGUUAGGGGAAGGGUUAGCUAACAUGCUAAGUAGUCGCAAAGUAGCUAAAAAGUAGUAAGUAGUUGACAAGUUGCUAAUUAGCUCAAAUGCUAAAAUUGUCCAUGAUGAGAUUUCAAACUCUCAACCUUUGAGUUGCUAGACGUUCGCGUUAUACGCCCACCCAUACAACCCAACCAACUACCCUACUUUUGUUUUUUCCUUAAGUAACCAUCUGUCUUAUGUAACCAUAUCAAACGUAACAUAUCAUACUAAUUUGAUGGAGCCAGAUUUACAUUUACUAUGUUACAUUUAGUCUAUGAGACCAGGCUGGAAAUGUUGGUAAUUGUCCUCUCUCUUCCAGAGUGAUGGAUCUGCUGAGCAGGACAGACCCCAGCAAAGUGAACCUGGAUGAGCCUAAAGCUGACCAGAUUCUCAGUCUCACCAACAACAUGCUGCUACUCAUCCGGUCCCAGACCCCCAUUACCAAGAGACUCAUCAAGAGCUGUGAGUUCCCUUAGUAUUCCAUGACGUCUUUUAAUUAUUAUGAUUUAAUUCUCAAGAUUCUCUAUGAUGUCACUAGGCUGGUUUCCAUUGACACACGUUUAUUCAACAAAAGCAAUGUCGCAAAAAAUUCUUUUGGGGAGAAGUAUUUGAUACACUGCCGAUUUUGCAGGUUUUCCUACUUACAAAGCAUGUAGAGGUCUGUAAUUUUUAUCAGAAAAUCACAUUGUAUGAUUUUUAAGUAAUUAAUUUGCAUUUUAUUGCAUGACAUAAGUAUUUGAUCACCUACCAACCAGUAAGAAUUCCGACUCUCACAGACCUGUUAGUUUUUCUUUAAGAAGCCCUCCUGUUCUCCACUCAUUACCUGUAUUAACUGCACCUGUUUGAACUUGUUACCUGUAUAAAAGACACCUGUCCACACACUCAAUCAAACAGACUCCAACCUCUCCACAAUGGCCAAGACCAGAGAGCUGUGUAAGGACAUCAUGGAUAAAAUUGUAGACCUGCCUAAGGCUGGGAUGGGCAACAGGACAAUAGGCAAGCAGCUUGGUGAGAAGGCAACAACUGUUGGUGCAAUUAUUAGAAAAUGGAAGAAGUUCAAGAUGACGGUCAAUCACCCUUGGUCUGGGGCUCCAUGCAAGAUCUCAGCUCGUGGGGCAUCAAUGAUCAUGAGGAAUGUGAGGGAUCAGCCCAGAACUACACGGCAGGACCUGGUCAAUGACCUGAAGAGAGCUGGGACCACAGUCUCAAAGAAAACCAUUAGUAACACUACGCCGUCAUGGAUUAAAAUCCUGCAGCGCACGCAAGGUCCCCCUGCUCAAGCCAGCGCAUGUCCAGGCCCGUCUGAAGUUUGCCAAUGACCAUCUGGAUGAUCCGGAGGAGGAAUGGGAGAAGGUCAUGUGUUCUGAUGAGACAAAAAUAGAGCUUUUUGGUCUAAACUCCACUCGCCGUGUUUGGAGGAAGAAGAAGGAUGAGUACAACCCCAAGAACACCAUCCCAACCGUGAAGCAUGGAGGUGGAAACAUCGUUCUUUGGGGAUGCUUUUCUGCAAAGGGGACAGGACAACUGCACCGUAUUGAGGGGAGGAUGGAUGGGGCCAUGUAUCGCGAGAUCUUGGCCAACAACCUCCUUCCCUCAGUAAGAGCAUUGAAGAUGGGUCGUGGCUGGGUCUUCCAGCAUGACAAAGACCCAAAACACACAGCCAGGGCAACUAAGGAGUGGCUCCGUAAGAAGCAUCUCAAGGUCCUGGAGUGGCCUAGCCAGUCUCCAGACCUGAACCCAAUAGAAAAUCUUUGGAGGGAGCUGAAAGUCCGUAUUGCCCAGCGACAGCCCCGAAACCUGAAGGAUCUGGAGAAGGUCUGUAUGGAGGAGUGGGCCAAAAUCCCUACUGCAGUGUGUGCAAACCUGGUCAAGACCUACAGGAAACGUAUGAUCUCUGUAAUUGCAAACAAAGGUUUCUGUACCAAAUAUUAAGUUCUGCUUUUCUGAUGUAUCAAAUACUUAUGUCAUGCAAUAAAAUGCAAAUUAAUUACUUAAAAAUCAUACAAUGUGAUUUUCUGGAUUUUUGUUUUAGAUUUGUCUCUCACAGUUGAAGUGUACCUAUGAUAAAAUUACAGACCUCUACAUGCUUUGUAAGUAGGAAAACCUGCAAAAUCAGCAGUGUAUCAAAUACUUGUUCUCCCCACUGUAGGAGACAUUUUCUAAAGAUUGACAACAUUUGUAUCCAUUCGACAGGGGGGAUUUUUAUUGUGUCUAACUUUCUUCAUUGCGACAAAUAAUGAUAGAAACAUCAUUUCAAAUAAAUGAUGAUUGCCAAAUAAUUUUUAAGGUACGCGGGACGUGAUGUCAUCACGUAAUUAUAAAGCUCCACUCUACAUUUCAUUCUAAAUGUCUACUGCUUGCAAAAUAAAAAAAUUCAACUAUAAAAAAUAAUGUUUACUUGCAGGACAAGGAUAGUCCUGACUUUCAAGAAUACCUGAAUUGCGUCUCCUUGCUUUUCUUGUUGGCUAGAUGCAAGUUUCACGAUCCAAUUAUUUCAGAUCUACAGGAGUGCCAGUUUCACCAUUGCACGGACCGUGGCGAUACGUUGGCACAUGAUAAUUGUUAGAAUAUGUCACAUUUGGCUUUCGUGGACUAACUGAGACAUGAAACAGAUAGGUGGGAGGCUGUAGACAAUUUAUUAAUGCAGAAUUUGCCUAAAUGGGUAAUGGAAAAACUUCAACCACUUCAUUUUUAUUUGACACUGUAGGUUUUGGCGAACAAAUGUUUUUUUGGGGGUGGGGGGGUGACUUCAUUACAUCCAGCUGUUUUUAUUGACACAAGAUAGUUCAAUGGAAACGCACCGUAGCAGGCAAUUGUAGCAUCUAUUUUCUAUGCAAGCUUUCUAAAUGUCGACAAAAAAAUCACUGGGAAAGUUAAUGGAAACAUAGGUAAUUACAACUGGAAGUGGAGAGAUAGGCAGGGCUUCUUUUUGUACCAUGGAUCCUCUACACAUAGUGGUCUAUCAGAGUACUGCGGAAAUUCUAAAACAAUUCAAAAAGUGUAUUUCAUUAUAGAUACAUUUGUUACAUCUAUAAUUUAUAAGUGCAGGUAUGCCAUUAUAACAUGCAGCAUGUUUUUGUCCUUAAAAAUGCAUGUUAUUAAAACUCACAGCACAAAGUGGUUAUGCCUUGCCACAUCCAGCCAAUUAUAAUAUUGUAUUUUAAAUAUAUAGUAUUUUCUCAUGGGAAAAAUACACCUCUGUCCCCAGAUUCCACAGAGGUGUCCCUGGACCCAGAGACUGCGCACCCCAAGCUGGUCAUCUCCCUGUGCGGUGACAGUGCCACCUACACAGACACCUGGCAGGAACUACCAGAGCUCCCUGGCCGCUUUGACACCACCCUCAACGUGAUCAGCCUGCAGGGCUUCAGCUCCGGGCGUCACUACUGGGAGAUAGAUGUGGCUGGGAAGACUUACUGGGAACUGGGCCUCACCUACCCCACCAUCUCCCGCAAGGGCCGGUCCGAGGACUGCUGGCUGGGCCGCGGCUCUGACUCCUGGGCCAUUGAGUUCUUUGACGGGGAGUACACAGCCUGGCACGGUGGGGUGCCCCACCAGCUGCCUGUCACAAAACACUUGAGCCGUAUUGGGGUCCUGUGUAGUUUCCCAGCGGGCCUGGUGUCUUUCCUGGGGGCGGACAGUAUGACCCCUCUGUUCUCGUUUUGUGCGGGGGCGUUUAAGGACUGUCUCCACCUGGCGUUGUGCCCAGGUCACGACCACAACGGUACAAACGCCAAACCCAUUUUGAUCUGUAACGCACCUCCAACUCCUAGUUCUUUCCAGAAUGCCCAAGAAUGCUGACUCUGCUCUUUAUGAUGCUUCUACUGACUCAAUUCUCAAAAAGGCCGAUCCCGGCCCGAGUUAAGCACGUGUAAAUGGAAUGUAAUUCCCUUUUUAUGCACUUUUCUCUUUACGCUUAUUCUGACCUUGAACUUAGAUCUGAGAAUAGCACGCUAUUCACCCGAUAUUCUUUUGGGGUGGAGAUCUAAUAAAUUAAGGUGUGGCAGAGGUGUGUCUACAGAUACGCCCUAUUCUGACCUUGACUUAAUGCCCUAAUAAUUCCACCACUUUUAUGCGAGAGGAAACCAUAAACCUACCGGUUCCUAGUGGAAAAAGCAUCUACUUAAUAUUUUCCGAUAGAAAUAACAUAAUUCUCCAUGCACUGUAAUUUACAAUUUGAUAAUAGUUAUUGAUAAGAGCUAGGUAAAUGAGUAAUCUGUUUGGAUAAGGGGAUUGUAAAUAUUAAUUACACUUGUUUUAGAUAUUUUUUAUUUUAUAAUCACUGGAGACAAAUGUGAAACCAGUUAUAUGGCAGCAAACUGAAGCAUAUCAACAUAUCAACUUUCCCACAGUAAAGAUUAUGAAAGGCUGUGCCAUUAUGCAGAAUUUAAAUUGUACGGCCUUUUAACUUGCAGGGAUUGGCACUCUCGAAUAUCUUAAUUAUAGGCUACCCCGACUUUGUCUGUUUCCUACUUCUAUCAUGUUAGAUAUUAGCCACUAUCAGUAUUGACCGUCAGUAGGCCUAAUAACAAUACAUCUGCCAUUCUGCACUUGAGCAAGGCAGUUAACCCCCAACAACAAUUGCUCCCCAGGUGCCGAUUAUGUCGUUUAAGGCAGCCCCCCGCACCUCUCUGAUUCAGAGGAAUUGGGUUAAAUGUGGAAGACACAUUUCGGUUGAAUGCAUUCAGUUGUGCAACUGACUAGGUAUCCCCUUUCCCUUGAAGAACUGAAUGUGGCAAUUUUCAGAAUGAAUCAAAACACUGUCUUCUUUCUUUCGUGAUUCAUAAAUACACUACAUGACCAAAAGUAUGUGGACACCUGCUUAUCGAACAUCUCAUUCCAAAAUCAUGGGCAUUAAUAUAGAGUUUGUCCCCCCUUUGCUGCUAUAACAGCCUCCACUCUUCUGGGAAGGCUUUCCACUAGAUGUUGGAACAUUGCUGCGGGGACUUGCCUCCAUUCAGCCACAAGAGCAUUAGUGAGGUCGGGGACUGAUGUUGGGCGAUUAGGCCUGGCUUGCAGUCGGCAUUCCAAUUCAUCCCAAAGGUGUUUGAUGGGGUUGAGAUCAGGGCUCUGUGCAGGCCAGUCAAGUUCUUCCACACCGAUGCUCAACAAACCAUUUCUGUAUGGACCUCGCUUUGUGCACGGGGGCAUUGUCAUGCUGAAACAGGAAAGGGCCUUCCCCAAACUGUUGCCACAAAGUUGGAAGCACAGAAUCAUCUAGAAUGUCAUUGUAUGCUGUAGCGUUAAGAUAUCCCUUCACUGGAACUAAGUGGCCUACCCCGAACCAUGAAAAACAGCCCCAGACCAUUAUUCCUCCUCCACCACACUUUACAGUUGGCACUAUGCAUUCGGGCAGGUAGUGUUCUCCUGGCAUCUGCAAAACGCAGAUUUGUCCGUCAGACUGGCAGAUGGUGAAGUGUGAUUCAUCUCUCCAGAAAACGCGUUUCCACUGCUCCAGUCUAAUGGAGCAGUGGAAACCACUCCAGCCAACGCUUGGCAUUGUGCAUGGUGAUCUUAGGCUUGUGUCCGGCUGCUCGACCAUAGAAACCCAUUUCAUGAAGCUCCCGACGAACAGUUCUUGUGCUGACGUUGCUUCCAGAGGCAAUUUGAAACUCGGUAGUCAGUGUUGCAACCGAAGACAGGCAAUUUUUACACGCGGCGGUCCCAUUCUGUGAGCUUGUGUGGCCUACCACUUCGCAGCUGAGCCGUUGUUGCUUCUAGAUGUUUCCACUUCACAAUAACAGCACUUACAGUUGACCAGGGCAGCUCUAGCAGGGCAGACAUUUGACGAACUGACUUGUUGGAAAGGUGGCAUCCUAUGACGGUGCCAUGUUGAAAGUCACUGAGCUCUUCAGUACGGGCCAUUUUACUGCCAAUGUUUGUCUAUGGAGAUUGCAUGGCGGUGUGCUCGAUUUUAUACACCUGUCAGCAACAGGUGUGGCUGAAAUAGCCGAAUCCACUAAUUUGAAAGGGUGUCCACAUACUGUUUUUAGUGUUUUUCCGCUAGAUGGGCCAGCUGAAAAGUCAAAAUUGGCUAUAUUGUAAAAAUUCAUGAAAAACAUUUGCUUUUUGGGCUUAAUUUAAGGUUACGGUUAAGCAUUAUGGUUCGCAAUGUGGUUAAGGUUAGGGUUAGGUUUAAAAUCUGAAUGUAUGACUUUGUGGCUGUGCCAGCUAGUGACCACUCUGCAGAGCUGCCUCCAGAACAAGAUUCAUGACGAAAAACACUAACCUGCUCUUAGUAAACCACAGGGUCACAGAGGUAAGAUGUUUGUCCUGAAAUGUACUUCAUGCCCCUGGACUCAAGAGUAACCUACACAGCUAACGUGAUGUGAAUCCAAAGUCUAUACUCAAACAAACGACAAUCUCUGUGUAAAUAGGAUCUGUGAGCCCCAAUGUUAAUAUCCAAUAGUAAAUGACUAGGCCUAUGUGCUAAUUAUAUAUGCAAACAAUCUAGAUAUACAAACAAUCUAGUUCAGUCCCCCUUGCAUUGCUGAAUCACUUACAGUUAGAGUUGCAGAUAAUGUGUAUGUUUGUUUAUCAGAUGUGUUACAUAAUUUAAGGUGAGCUCUCAUGAAAUGAGAAAAACUCUGACUGACACCCCCUUAGUCAAUAGAACUGUAGUGUGCGAUGAGAGACCUAGAUGCCAAAGCACUCUGUCCAUACAAAGGUUAGUCUUCUCACACAAAUGGUUGCAAAAUUAUGUGGGUGAUCUGACAGAAUCACUCUCAUAGCCGCACAUUGAUCACUGCCAUCAUGAACUCCAAGCUGCUCUUCUUCUGCCUGUUCCCUGUAGUGCUCAUCCUACCUGUUCAAGUAGGUAUUCCACCCUUUUGACUUUUUUUUUUUUGCCGGAGAUAUCAGGAAUACUUGUUAUAGGGUGAUAGACUUUGUAGCAAGUUUAGAGUAAACGCCUGUCGAAUGUGUUUUCUCUCCUUUACAACAUGUCUCCAGUUGUUUAAUCAUUUAUUUAGCUGCGUUCAAUAAAAUCUCAAAUAGAAUAAUGUCGUCAGUAUAAUUCCUGGAUAAAAUUAUCAUUUAGAACAGUUUUUGUAAACAUUGCAUGAGUGCUUGCAUUAGGCCUACUCUGCUUUUUUGUUGGCCAUAUCAUUGGUGAAAUAUACAGUAGAUGUAUUAAAUAUGCCUACUACUGUCCAUAAUGUUACUUGGUUGAAAUAAGAAUGAUGAAAUAUUUUAUUCAGUUAAAAAUGAGAAGCAUAAAAAACAUAAGAAACAUGAGAAACGCAACAACAAAAGAUUGAAAAAAAAACACGGAAUACAUCAGGAUAUUCUGAAGAUUCAGCAUCACUCAGUCAAGGGAAAUAUAGUAUUCUUUCUAACAGAUACUGUAUUUACAUAUACUGUAUUUCAGGAAAAAAUCUGAAAGUAUGUAAACAUUAUAGUUUUGAAAACAGCUUUCCAAAAAGAUUGGUCUCUCGGCACAACUUACCCCGGGUAUGGGGUAAGUUGGGCCGCGGGACAGUGUAAGUUAAGCCGCCUACAAAUGUCUGUACUGAAUUAAAUAUUACCACUACCUUUCUAAAACCAUGUCUAUCUUUAUUCCCCAAACACAAUUCAACACAAUCAUGCACUUUCAUGCUAGGUGUAGGACCUAAUUUGGAAGCUUAUACAGUGGGGGAAAAAAUGUAAUUAGUCAGCCACCAAUUGUGCAAGUUCUCCCACUUAAAAAGACGAGAGAGGCCUGUAAUUUUCAUCAUAGGUACAUGUCAACUAUGACAGACAAAUUGAGAAUUUUUUUUCCAGAAAAUCACAUUGUAGGAUUUUUUAUGAAUUUAUUUGCAAAUUAUGGUGGAAAAGAAGUAUUUGGUCACCUACAAACAAGCAAGAUUUCUGGCUCUCACAGACCUGUAACUUCUUCUUUAAGAGGCUCCUCUGUCCUCCACUCGUUACCUGUAUUAAUGGCACCUGUUUGAACUUGUUAUCAGUAUAAAGGACACCUGUCCACAACCUCAAACAGUCACACUCCAAACUCCACUAUGGCCAAGACCAAAGAGCUGUCAAAGGACACCAGAAACAAAAUUAUAGACCUGCACCAGGCUGGGAAGACUGAAUCUGCAAUAGGUAAGCAGCUUGGUUUGAAGAAAUCAACUGUGGGAGCAAUUAUUAGGAAAUGGAAGACAUACAAGACCACUGAUAAUCUCCCUCGAUCUGGGACUCCACGCAAGAUCUCACCCCGUGGGGUCAAAAUGAUCACAAGAACGGUGAGCAAAAAUCCCAGAACCACACGAGGGGACCUAGUGAAUGACCUGCAGAGAGCUGGGACCAAAGUAACAAAGCCUACCAUCAGUAACACACUACGCCGCCAGGGACUCAAAUCCUGCAGUGCCAGACGUGUCCCCCUGCUUAAGCCAGUACAUGUCCAGGCCUGUCUGAAGUUUGCUAGAGUGCAUUUGGAUGAUCCAGAAGAGGAUUGGGAGAAUGUCAUAUGGUCAGAUGAAACCAAAAUAUAACUUUUUGGUAAAAACUCAACUCGUCGUUUUUGGAGGACAAAGAAUGCUGAGUUGCAUCCAAAGAACACCAUACCUGCUGUGAAGCAUGGGGGUGGAAACAUCAUGCUUUGGGGCUGUUUUUCUGCAAAGGGACCAGGAUGACUGAUCCGUGUAAAGGAAAGAAUGAAUGGGGCCAUGUAUCGUGAGAUUUUGAGUGAAAACCUCCUUCCAUCAGCAAGGGCAUUGAAGAUGAAACAUGGCUGGGUCUUUCAGCAUGACAAUGAUCCCAAACACACCGCCCGGGCAACGAAGGAGUGGCUUCGUAAGAAGCAUUUCAAGGUCCUGGAGUGGCCUAGCCAGUCUCCAGAUCUCAACCCCAUAGAAAAUCUUUGGAGGGAGUUGAAAGUCCGUGUUGCCCAGCGACAGCCCCAAAACAUCACUGCUCUAGAGGAGAUCUGCAUGGAGGAAUGGGCCAAAAUAUCAGCAACAGUGUGUGAAAACCUUGUGAAGACUUACAGAAAACGUUUGACCUAUGUCAUUGCCAACAAAGGGUAUAUAACAAAGUAUUGAGAAACUUUUGUUAUUGACCAAAUACUUAUUUUCCACCAUAAUUUGCAAAUAAAUUCAUUAAAAAUCCUAUAAUGUGAUUUUCUGAAUUUUUUUUCUCAUUUUGUCUGUCAUAGUUGACAUGUACGUAUGAUGAAAAUUACAGGCCUCUCUCAUCUUUUUAAGUGGGAGAACUUGCACAAUUGGUGGCUGACUAAAUACUUUUUUUCCCCACUGUAUGUCAUCAGACAUUGUAAUAGACAUUGUAACAGUAAGACUGCCUGUUAUAGAAGCGAAUAAGUAAAAAGUAAAUACUUUUUUUCCCCACUGUAGAGACCCCAACUGAUAGAACAAUCUUAAAAUUAUUUACUUUGGUUUCGAUACAAGCAUCAUGAACCCUCUACCACAAUAAACUAAUUUGACUUGGUAAAAAUCUGUUAUUUGGACCUAACUUGCUUACCACUUUUUCCAUGUGGUUUCUUCCUUCACAGACUCCAUUCAAUAUUUUAUUCCUAAAUAUUUGGUGAAAUUAUAAAUGUUGUGUAUGGUUUCUUAGAAACAAGGGUGGCUCAACUUACCCCUUUGGCUCAACUUACCCCACUCUCCCCUAAGCACAUUACUGCAUUUAUUUAUAAUGCACUGUAGGCUUUCAUAAUGUAGGCUUCACAAGAGGCUUACACACACACACACACACACACACAGAGAGAGACCAUGUAACACUGCAAUAUUUGACAGUGUAUCUCCGCUCUAGACCCAUUCUUUGAGAUCCUGACCGGCUUUAUGAACUCCAAGAACCAGAUGGUAAGACAUGAAAAAUAAAUUGAGCGUCACAUACGUUUUCAGGGUAGCAAAAUAUAUUUGUGAGCUACUUUCCAACAAAUAGAAAAUGUAUGAGAAUUGGGACUGUCAAUCAUGAAUCUUAUAUUUUCUCAAAUGGGGUGCUAAAGGAAGAUUCAUCCAUUUAAAAAAAGCAGUGUAUUGAGUUAUAGGCAUGUGGGGACUGAAACACAAAAAUAUUCUGUAUCAGAAUGUUUUUAAUGGCAUAUUCACCAUAAACAAGUUAAGCAAUACAAAAGUCUCCAUCAUUCAGUCAUACAAGUAGCUAGCUAGCUAGUAAAGUGGUUGUCAAACUAGCACAUUGGCUGCCAGGGCUUGAAUUUAACUAUGGUGGGGGUCAAACUAAGAAAAUGUGUUAAUGGCAUCAAAGAAAUUAACAGCAUAAAAUAUGUAAUGCAUUAACGCGUUAACUUUGACAGCCCUAAUGAGAAUCAAUGUAUUUUUUACAAAGUUUGUCAUUUCUAUACUUCUUCGCUUCUAUAACAGGCAGUCUUACUGUUACAAUGUCUCUUACAAUGUCUGAUGACAUACAGUGCCUAUAGAAUUUCUUUUUCACAUUUUGCUGCCUUAACAUUCAAUCUAAAAAGGGAUUACAUUUGUUUUUCCCCCUACAGAUCUACACAACAUACUCCACAUUUUCAAAGUGAAAGAAAGUGAUUGAACAUUUUCCAAAUUAAGAAAAAAUACAUAUACGGAAAUAUCAUAAUAAAGGUCUCCACCCUCCUGAAUUAAUACAUGGUGGAAGCACCUUUGGUAGCCAUUACACCUGUGAAUAAUUUCAUUAAGAUUCUACCAACUUUGAGCAACUCUUAGUGCAAAAUAUAUCCAAAAGCUCAUUACAUUUGGUUGGGAAUUAUUGAUGACAGCAAUAUUCAAACCUUCUCUGAUUUUCAAACAAAUUUAAGUCAGGACUGAGACUAGACCGCUCAGGAACAAGUAUUGUGGUGUCAGCAUCAUGUUAUGGGUAUGCUUGUCACCGGCAGGGACGGGGGAGUUUGAUCCUAGAACAGAUCCCUGAUCCUAGAACAGCACUCCUACUCUUAAAUUACCUUUAAUAAUUCCUAUAAGUGAUUAACAUUUGCUACGCAAUACAUAGAUAUAGUAUGUGUAUAAAAAUACACCUUAUAUACUUAUCUUGCUCCCGAGUGGCGCAGCGGUCUAAGGCACUGCAUCUCAGUGCAAGAGGCGUCACUACAGACCCCCUGGUUCGAUUCCAGGCUGUAUCACAACCGGCCGUGAUUGGGAGUCCCAUAGGGUCCAGAGAAGCCUACAGCAGUGCCAAAGCCCAGUGUAGCCCCAGGACAGACCACAGCCAGCCCAACCUCUGAUAAGCAGUUCACCACCUGUGGGACGCCCACCCGAAGAAGGCCAUUACCAGGAUCUACGGAGGCCUGAAGGCCAUCCCUGGAGCCCAGCCCUGGCAGCUGUCCCUGCAGGUCUGA